AUAUAUUGUUUAACUCAUUCUACACUACGGAGCCUACGGAGCACUAUCUAAAAUAAAAAACUGAUUUGUAUCAAAAUUUUCUGUUUCGGAAUUUUUUCAUUAAAAAACUCUCCAAGGUUAUUUCUGGAAUCAUGCAACGCACCUCGACGCCCCUCAACUACCGGCUUUGGAAGCAACCGUACGCCAAGCAAGUGCUGUUGACAGCAGUCUUUGGUAACAACGCCAGCAUCGGUGGUAUUGGAAGAGCACGCUUGGCUUCCUCGUCUUCAUCGUCGUCGACGAGAUGGCCUGGCGCUCCGGCGCCACGAAGGGGCAGCACAGCCGAACGGGAUAUGUCGCGCCAAAAGGAGCCUCCACAGUCGAAACAACAGACGAAGCAUGCAUCAGAAAUUGAGGCACCUUCUGCCUUUGGUGCACCAGCCCCGCGGGAGAAGUCCCAAUCGGCAAUCGCGUACGUCAAAGCGGAUUCUAAUAUGCCGCGUCGCUUUACACGGGAGGAGAACAUGUGGAGGGUAAAUAAGAAUAAGGACUCCUUUUGGUUGAAUCCCCGCGAUCCGACGCGCUAUAAGCCAAAUUUUGAACAUGUGGAGCCGGAGUCAUUACGCAAGCAAUUCAUGCGAAGCCUAGAUCAGCGUACCCGCGAUGUGUUGGGAAAGGACUGGGAGAAGGCUGUCAAAGUGGCAGCUAAAGAGGCAGCCGUCAAGGCAAGGGCGGCACAGGAGGCGGCCAAAGCUGAAGCGACAACUCAAGCUGACGGCUCGGGGGCCGCUCAACAGUCUAAGCCGCAUCCACGACGUCGCCUCGAUCCCGCACAACUCUCCGCCCAGAAGGCCAGCGCAGCGAGACGGGAGAUGCAAUGGCAGAGUCGGGCUCGUACCUCAGAAGACAAGGAGUAAUGAAGCUACAUAGCUGGCCGUAAAUGAAGGACGUUGUGGCUGUCCAUAACUUAUCCGUCACACACUCAAUCCAAAUUGACAAGUUUUGCCAAACACAUCCGAAAAGAAAGACAGAACGUGGGAACACCAGACGAAACUCUAAAUUCAAAUAUAAAUUGUUAGUACACUCAAAAAUUGAAA